UUUCUCUUCAUGCCAAAUGCCACAAAAGGGGGCGUGGCAGUGAGAGAGGCCUCGAAAAACAUAAAGAGGCACGACUUAUGCUACACUACCCGGAGGCCAAACUCAUGAGCCGCUGGGCUCUCGUUGGAGGCGUCAUUGCGGACCACCUGCUCCUCCUGCUCCUCCUGCUCAUCAUGCUCCUCAUGCUCCUCAUGCUCCACCUGCUCCUCCUGCUCCUCAUGGUCCUCCUGCUCCUGAUGCUCCUCCUGCUGCUCCUACAGAAUGGCUGACGCAGUCCGAGGGGGCAGGGGAGCCGGAUCUGGGUCUCUCCGGCUGUGACUGGUCGCUGAUCAGCACGAUUUCAUUUGAUUCUCCGGAAACAGACAAACUUUCUCGCUGAUGGUCUCAUUUACUUGUGUUGAUCAGUAUUCAAUAUUUCAUAAACAGUUAAAAGUUCCUAGUAACUAAAAGUCCAAAGUAAAACAAUGGGAUGUCACCUAUAGAAGUAAAUGUAUUGCAGCAUCAACCAUCACACAUUAAUUAAGAAGCCCAUUUCCGCGACUGUGAGAAAAAAAUUAAGAUCCUGUACAUGAGAUACUAAAUAUAAAUUAUGAGACAGUAUCUUGAUACUAAGUCGAAAUUAUGAGAUAAUAAGUCAUAAUUAUGAGAUGCUAAGUCAUAAAUAUGAGAUUUUAAGUCAUAAUUAUGAGAUGCUAAGUCAUAAUUAUGACAGGAUGUUAAUUGUUAUCUCCAUAUCCAAACCACAGACUUGCCACUGUGCAGGUUUAUAAUGUGCAUAACAAUAAGUACACACUUCUAAAGCAGAGGAGGAGGUGGCUGUGGGCGUGGCUAGAGGCCUUAUGGUUUAGCUGGGUCCAUCCAGGUUACCUGUGUGUGUGUCUCCGUGGUUACUUGUUUGGGAAACGCAAACCAGGAGUCACCAUGUCUUUCCUUUGGUCCUCAGGUGGUGAAGAAGAAGAGGUGAAGAAGGAGGAGGCUAAUGAAAAUAAGUUCCAAUGGCCCUGGAGCCACGGGAAUAAAGAUGAGGAGAAGGAGAAGGAGAAGAAACACAACAAAGGCAAGUCUGGCAAGUCGGAUACAGAAAACAAGAAGGGCAAGAAAAAGGGAAAUAAAGUGGGAGAAAAAUCAGGCAACUCCUCAUCUUCCUCCUCCUCGUCCUCCUCAUCCUCCUCGUCCUCAUCCUCCAGCAGUGAUGAGAACUGAUGCUUCCUGACAGCUCUAUGAGUCACUCGUGAUCUUCCUCUCUGUUGAGUGCGGAUUAGAAGCAUCUUUCCUUUGGUUCUUUUCUUUGUGUGACUGAAACGUAAAUGUUCUGACUAACAAAAUGACCUUUUAAAAAAAUAUAUAUAUAUAUAUUUUACAAGUUCUUCCGUCAAGUGAAGUGUGUUUUCUUCACCACCAGAUGGCGGUGUUAUCUCUCUUUUUGAGGCCAAUCAUAGUUUUGAAGUCCCAAGUCAAAGAAGUUUAAAAGGAGUUUUAUUUUGAAAAUGUAUAUUUACAGCAUACACACUCAACAAAAAUAAGCAUAUAGGCAAAGUUGUUUUUUUAUUGUAAUUGAUUUUAGUACUUUUUUUUUUUUUUUUUUUUUUUACUGAAAUACCUUUUUUCUUUGUUAUUAUUUAUUGCGUUUAGUCAUUUUAUUUGGAUGAUUGUCUUUUUUUAAAUAGCUGUUUUUGACUGAAGCUUUUGAACGUGUGAUGCCUGGAGAGGGAGUUGACACUAUAAGAAGUUAUCAAAUGGAUCAGGGGUGAACAUUUAAAGAAGCAUAAAAAGAGGAAAAGGUACAACAUCUCCCUCUGACGUGUAAUAGGAAAAUAAUUAUAAAGCAGAGGAAAAUCCUUCUUAAAUAUUGCCUUAUUAUUGACUUUGUUCAAAUGGAGACAGCAAAUAUCAGUCCACACCAACAUUAAACCGAGGAAAAAGAAUAAAGGAAAUUAAGGUACGGGCAUAAACAAUGAAUUCAUCACCAAAUGAAACACUUUAAGUAACAGGCCAGAUCAAACAAAAAUGUGCUAUAAAAUCCUAUAAACAUCUGGGCAUCGGUACAUUUUUUUUUGCCAACAACUAAACCUCAAAGUGGAGUGGAGUGUUAAGAUGUCAAUUAUUAGUGUCAUUGUUUCGGAAAUGAUGAAAGAGUUACAUUGUGUGCUGCCUGAAGCCAAUCUUUUUUCAAAAGCUUUUUUGAUGAAUAUUAUAACGCCAAACUAUGAAACUUUUAAGAUCCGACCCGAUGCGUCGGACCAAUGUUUUCCUUCAACUUGCAUGUGAGAAAUGUUUAAAGCUUAAAGGAGAAAGCGAGUGAAAGAGGAAGAACGACAGGGACGCGAAGGCCUCGGGGCGUCCCUUAAGAUCCUCUAACUUGUACUUUGAUUGUCUACUGUGAUAAACAUCUGCACAUCUCUGCCAACGG